AUGUCGUGGCAAGCAUACGUAGAUUCUAGCCUGGUGGCCACCGGCCAUGUUGACAAGGGCGCCAUUCUAAGCGCAGCCGGCGACAGCUCCUGGGCCGCCUCCCCCGACUUCAAGAUCCAGCCCGCGGAGAUGAAGGUUAUUUCUGCCAUUGUGUCCGGCGAAGACGCCGCCAAAGACAAGGCUUUCGCCGACGGUCUCUACAUUGCCGGCAACCGAUAUGUCAUGGCUCGGGCUGACGGCCGCAGCAUCUACGCUCGAUCAGGUCGAUUGGGAGUUGCUAUUGCCAAGACCAAACAGGCCAUUGUGGUUGGCCACCACGGCGAGAUUCAGGUUGCUGGCAAUACCAGCUCUACCGUGGAAGCUUUGGCGGACUACCUCAUUGCGCAGGGAUACUAG